AUGGCAAGCUCCGGCGCAGGCGCCGCACCUACCAAGCCCUGGGAGAAGCGCCAAGCAGCCGCCGCCCAAGCUAGCGGUGACAUCUUGGCGUCUGCUGGCGUCACACCACAGUCCCCAGCGUCUACUGCCUCUCGACUGGCCUCAGCGCUCGGCACCGCGCCUCAGUACGGAACUACGGGAUACGGAGCAACAGGAUAUGGAGGCUACGGCGCGAGUGGCUACGGUACGGGGAUGGGCUCAACGGGAUAUGGAGGUAUUGGAGGAUAUGGAGGAGGUUACGGUGGGAUGAGCUCGUAUGGAGGACUCGGAGGUUACGGAGGUGGCUAUGGAGGAUACGGAGGUGGCUAUGGAGGUUACGGCGGCAUGUCGAGAAUGGGCUACGGAGGCAUGAUGGGCGGUGGCAUGGCAGACCCGAACAGCGGAGGUCUGGGAUGGCUCAAUAGCUUUAACCAGAUUGUGAGCUCUAUUGGCCAAAUCACGGAGCUGCUCGGCAUGAACGCAGAGGCGCUCAACUUCUGCAUUGGGAGCUUCGUCCACUUUCUUGAACGGAUAGGAGCCGUGUGCGCUGGUAUAGCGGCCAUGCUAGCACCACGACCAACAUUCCCGCCUGGUCAUCCUCGACAUGGUGAGCCUCCAGUGACUGAAGAGGAAGAAAAAAGCCGAUUGCGUCGUGUGCGUAUCGUCCAGUUCAUGGUGAGCAUGGCAGCGCUCACAGUCGUAUACAAAGGUCUACGGUGGAUCAUGCGGCUGCGCUCCAGGGCGACACAAAAGCUGCUGGUCGCCCCACCGACUACCGGAAUGGGACGUGAUUUGGAGAACAUUUUUCAGCGCACCGUGGGCGUCAAGCACUUUUAAAAGAAUUUCAAGACCAAGUGAAUAAUUGUGUAA